AUGGCCGCGUUGUUCUCCGCUAUGAAGGGAAGCUCUCCACAAACGCUCCAAAAACCCAGCAGUACAAUCCACCACAGCCGGCGCAUCUUUUCCUCACGGCCGUCCCCAGACUCCCAUCCAGACGUCCCCCACCUCAGACGCCGCGCCUGCCCACCACUGGUCCCGUCAGAGCUGCUGCUGCUGCUGCCGCUGCUGCUGCUGGUGGCCCCCGCAUUAAGGACAUGUCAAAUCCCAAAAAUGAACUUUCCCCCCUCCUCUCCGCUCCUGUCAUCUGUGCACCUGUAA